UACUGGUUUUUGCAUUUGAUUACAUGGUUUUUUAUAAUAAAAAUUAGUGUUGCUAUCCUUUGUUUUAGUUUGAAACAUGACAAGCACAUGUGUCUUUCAUACAAACAUAUUAGAUGCACUAAGCACAUGUAACUAAUAUUACGAUGCACUAAGCACGAUGCACUAUAAGCACAAACAUAUUGUUUUAACUUUUUAAUUGAAUGUAAAGUAUAUGUAAAUAUGUAAAAAAUUCAGUUUCUUCGAUUGCACAAUUGUCAUUUUAUAUUUAUGUAAAAUUUACAUACAAUUAAAAAGUAAACUUUUUAUAUUUAACACAUCAAUAUUUACAUUUUUUUUUACUUUUUAUUGAAUGUAAAGUUUACAUAAAUUUAUAAAUGAGAAUUAUGUAACUGAAAAAAACUUUACUAACUGAAAAUGUAAAAUUUAUAUAAAUAAUGAUCUAGGUUGCUUAUUGAGAAAACCAUCAAAUAAUUACUAAAAGUCUCGUGCUUGUUUGAUAGGUUCUAAGUUCUUUUGUCAAUUUAUUAUCAAACAUGGAUUCAGAAUUUCUUGGCCAACAAGAAUCAGAAGAAAAAGAAUCAUAUUUGUCUCAUGAAGAUGAUGAGUUAGAUGCCCAUAUUAUUUUAUUGGUGCUCCUAAUUCUUUGUCAGAUGAUGUGUUUGAAGAAGCGACAACGGGAACUUCAAUUGCAAAUUGAACGUCCCACACGACGCCCAAUCACAAGAGCUGGUCAAGAUUAUAUAGAUAAUGUGUUAAAAGAAGACCCUCUUCAUUUUAGAGAGUUAUAUCGGAUGUAUCCAAAUAUUUUUUUGAAGUUAUGCAAUCUUCUCAGAGAGAAGACAAGUUUAACUGAUACAAGAUAUAUCAGCCUUGAAGAAAUGGUUGCAUCUUUUCUCCUUGUAGUUGGUCAAAAUUCGAGGUAUUGCUAUACAAGAGAUACUUUUAAGAGAUCCAAGUUUGCUAUAAGUGAGAAUUUUCACAAAGUUUUGCAAGCUUUAAACCAAAUUUCACCAAGUUUUAUGGCUACCUCCGGACCCGGAACACCUCACAAGAUUAAAGAAAGUACAAGAUUUUAUCCAUACUUCAAGGUACAUUUUUUAAUAUUUUAACCAUGGUUGAGUUAUUAUUUUCUAUAGAUCAUAAUUUUACUCUAUGUUAGGAUUGUGUCGGAGCUAUCGAUGGUACACAUAUAUUUGCAAUGGUGCAAAAAAAAGAUGCAGCUCCUUUCCGCAACAGAAAAGGUGAUAUAUCCCAAAAUGUGUUGGCUGCAUGUAAUUUUGAUCUUGAAUUCAUAUACGUACUUAGUGGAUGGGAAGGUUCAGCUCAUGAUUCAAAGAUAUUAAAUGAUGCUUUAAGAAAAUUUUAUCUAGUUGACUGCGGUUUUGCAAAUCGUCGGAACUUCUUAGCUCCAUAUCGAGGUGUUCGAUACCAUCUACAAGAGUUUUCUGGUCAGGAUUCUACUCCUCAGAAUGAUAAAGAGUUGUUUAAUCAUCGUCAUGCUUCCUUGAGGAAUGUUAUCGAGAGAAUUUUUGGUAUAUUCAAAUCUCGGUUUCUAAUUUUUAAAUCUGCACCCCCUUUUCCUUACAAGACACAAACAGAGAUCGUACUUGCGUGUGUUGGGUUACAUAAUUUUCUUCGAAAGUUUUGUAGAACAGAUAUUUUUCCUGAAGAAAAAGACUCUGAGGAUGUAGAAGAUGUUGAAGAAAUUAAUAACAAUGAUGAAGAAAUUCUUGUAACUCAGGAUCAGCAAAGAGAACAUGCCAAUCAAGUGAGAGCCACAAUAGCAACAGAUAUGUGGAGAGAUUUUAUAAACGUAUGA